AUGCUUGACGACUUUGAUAAAGCCUGUGGAAAGAUUGGUCUUAGACUAAAUCUCGCAAAAACGAUGUUCGUGAAGAACGGAUUGGUUUCGCAUGCCCCAUUCACGCUCAACGGAACGAAUAUCUCUGAAUGCUCCAGUUAUAUCUAUCUAAGUCGGGAAGUCAAUAUGAUUAGCUCCAGAGCUGAGCAGAAGGAGACGAAGGACUUGGGAAGCUCUCAGGAUCAUCGAGGAUGUACUGAAGAGAACAAAGAACACCCUACUCCAUGCCCACCUUUUCGAUUCAAUGGCUGCUGCUUGCAAGAAUAUACUGACAUGGAUUCUCUGGAAGGUAUUCUUCAUGACAGAGUGCACAAUAAGAAAUGGUUCACUGCACGUGGUGUUACAGCGAUAUCAAAAAUGACCGGACUAAAUGCCGAUGCGAUUGCCAAAAUAAUUGGCGUGGUAAUUUUGUUUUGGCUGAUGGGACAAAACGCUUGGAUAGUUUGUAAUGGAAUCGCCGUUGUAGUUCCGUUUCUUCUCACAUUCGCCUUCCCAGAAGAGAGACCUCCCGUAGAGAAUAUGCGUGUGUACUGGUACGAUGUUAUCUCCUUUUCUGUUAUUCAUUCAGUGACCUAG